AUGUCGAAAAAGAAUAGUAUUACAUACAUUAAACCCGAAGAACCUAGUUUUUUGAAAAAACUUAAAGCUCAAAUUGGAUAUAAAGAAGGACCGACUGUCGAAACCAAAAGGGAGGCAUUAGAGUACGACGAUUCUGAGCAAGAUCCAGAUUUUGAUGAAGCACCUCAGGUUGUGGUACUGAAACAAGGAGAUUUAACAGCAGAACAAGCAGCUAUUGAGAAAGAGAGGCUUCAAAAAGAAGAAGAAAAUAAACCGGCCGAUCUGUCUCAAAGAGUAAUUUUUCAAUCAUCCAAAAAGCCGGAUUUGGAAAAGCCAGAAGAAAAGGGGAAGAAAAGGGUCGGUCCGGAGGAAAAGUCGAAAUCGGAUAAGAAGAAACGAAAAUCGGAUAAGAGAACUGUGCCGGUGCUAUCCUUUGACGUCGAUGAGAAUUAA